CAGAGACAGAAGAGGAAAAGUUGCUGAAAGAAGAAAUAAAUCAGCUAAAGCAGGAAUUCCAGAAGGAAGCUUCAUUGGAAGAGAACAAAAAGGAAUCUGUACAGGUCACCGAUGGGGAUGAUAAAUCCAGUUUGCGAGAUGUAAUACGCCAGAAGGAGAAGGAACUAGAGACAUUGACUCGUGAGUUGGAUGACAAGCUUCGAUUUGGUCAGAAACCACAUAACGAGAGGCCUGGUUCUGGGGCAGGUAGGACUGGCGGUUUCUAUGAGAACAGACCUCCUUCUCGAACUGGAUCAAUGGAUGAGGCCAGGAGUACUGAGUUUAUGGACAGACCUCACUCACGUGGUGCACAAGAUACAUGGGCCCGGCCCAUUGAUGAUAGAAGGUCGUAUCAAGGUGGCAGGGAAAGAGGAUUUCUGGGUAGCAGAGACUUUGACAGGUGAAUGUCUAUCUAUUCUCGGUCUUUGCACCUCAUAUAGUGGCACUAGCCAUAUUUUGCAUGUUUAGUACAGUUCUUAGAACCUGAUACAUUGCAAGGGAGUUGAACUAGAAGCACAUCUAUUAUGCAUACGUCUUCAGUGGCAGUUAAGACUCUGCAUGUUGUUGUUGACACUGUUCUCGGAUAUGCACCUGCUGCCCGUAUACGGGAAUUCUGUGGAAAUUAUGCUGCAGAAAUUCUUAUCUAUCUUUUCUCGAUCUCUUGUACUGGAACUAGUUGAUCUUGAUAGGGUUAGCUUGGUAAUGGGUGGUUGUUUGAACCAGGAAUUCAUUCAUUCUCCUGAUUGCAAAUUGUGAUGAUAUGUUCCCUUAUUGCAGGCCAAGAUCAAGGGAUAGAUGGUGAGAGCAGCGACUUGCAUGGGGUUUAGAGGGAUUCCUUGGGAGCAGGUCAUUGGAUUUUGACAAGCAGAACCAAAUAAUAUCGUCUCACUUAUUUCCCUUCCUCUCUCUUGUUCUUUUUCUGUUUUGUUUUGGUGGGCGCUCUGGGGAAACAGAGCAAGGAUCAUUGAGUAUCAGCAUCGAGACCCAGUUGCUUUUUUGUUAGUCUGUUGUUUCUCUGUCUCUCUAAUCCCAAAAACUGUGUAGAACUUGCAGCCAGCCCCCUCCCUGUUCAUCUUUUCUUCCCACCAACCACCAACAUUUUUGUCUUUUUUUUUGUGUUUAAUGAUUCAAGGAGCCUGUAUUUGUUGGUAGGUAGGAAGGAGGACUCUUCCCUUUUGAAUAUUUCAUUGAACAUACUCUCUGUCAGACAUUUGGUUAGUUUUCCUACUUGAUUUUGUCAGAUAUUUUCUUCCAAGGAAUUCAAUCUGCUCUGUAAUUUGGCAUGCCUUUCUAGAACAGCCAUUCUGUGAAGUUCAUUGUUUUACAGCCCCUGUUCUCAAUUGUGUGCUUUCUUGACAGCAAAGUACUCUACAGACUCUUUCUAGCUUUCAGGUUUCACAGCUCCGUUUCUUCAAUCAUCCCUGUCUAUACUUGAUCCUUCAUGAUUGCGACUCUAAUGAUUACUCAGACGAACCAAUUGGAGGGACGAUUAGGAGUUAUAGACCUGCGUGUUGGCUUAUUUUAUUGACGACAUCUCUGAUUGUUAUUUUCGUUGCUUGAAGCAGACCACUUGCAAUACAAAUAUACAAUACAAGCUAGUAAACAAAACGAAGGGGCCACCAACUGCAGGGGUCGUAAUCCAUGAUCCACCACCACGAGAAACAGGGACUCUUUUCCCACUUCAUUUAUAGCUAACUCCAUCGAUAUUAGCCAUUUCGCACAAAUGGCUCUCCUACUUUGGGCACUUGUGCUCUCUUCGUUGCUUCUUCCAUCCACCUCUUCUUCCGCUUGCAAUUUCCCAGCUGUGUACAACCUAGGCGAUUCCAAUUCCGACACAGGCAGCCAGCCGGCUGUGUUCGGACCAGUCCACUCGCCCAACGGCGAGACUUUCUUCGGCAAACCAUCGGGUCGAUACUCUGACGGCCGGCUGAUCAUCGAUUUCUUAGCUGAGAAGCUGGGGCUGCCGUAUUUGAGCUCAUUCCUCGAUUCCAUAGAAUCCAACUUCACCCACGGCGCCAAUUUCGCUUCGAGUGGAGCCACCAUCCAGCACACCAAUGGGAAGUUGCUCGACGCGGGGUUUAACCCAAUAACUCUGGAUUUCCAGUUCUUGCAGUUCCAGCAGCUUAAAGAUAGAACCUUUGAGCUGCAGGAAACAGGUGGAGGAGGGACUACUGUGAAUCGCUUGCCAGAACCAGAAGAUUUCGGAGCUGCUCUUUACACUUUGGACUGUGGCCAGAAUGAUCUUCAUUUUGGCCUAACUGACUUGGGCGGCGAGCAAGGAGCCCUUUCUUCCAUCCCUAUGGUCAUCAGCUACUUUGUUUCAGCCAUAAAGAACCUGUACAGAGAAGGAGCAAGAACAUUUUGGAUACACAACACAGGUCCCAUCGGCUGCUUGCCAUUCUUUGUGAUUAGGUACCCUCCAAAGCCUGGAAAUGAAGACCCAAUUGGCUGCGUUAAGUCCUUCAACCAAGUGGCUCAAGAGUUCAACAGACAACUUAAUCAGACAGUCUACAAGCUAAGAACCCAGUUCCCUGACGCACUGCUCAUCCUCGUCGACAUCUACACUGCAAAGUAUUCUCUCAUCAGCCAAGCAGAACAGCACGGGUUUGAAGACCCACUUGGGUUCUGUUGUGGCCAUUUGGGGGAUGAUUAUGAGGUUAUGUGUGGGAAGAAGGGUCAGCUGAGGGAUGGUACUGUUGUGUAUGGAACUUCUUGCAAAGAUCCUUCCAAGUACAUCAGCUGGGACAAUGUGCAUUACACUGAAGCUGCAAAUCGGUGGGUUGCUGAUCGGAUCUCGGAUGGGUCGCUGUCGGAUCCUGCUGUGCCCAUUAGUGAAGCUUGUAGCAGGGCUGGAAGGUCGCUGGACACCUUGUUGUAUGAACUCUGAAGUGUAUUAUAUUCAUGUGUGUAACUAAAUUUUCGCAUAAUCACAUCAAAUAAUUAACAACUUUUUUCAAGUAAUUCCUUCAGUCUUAUCAACUAACAAGUAACAGCGCAAUAUAUUACUCGGAAUUAG